GAGCACUCAGUCUUUGUUGCAGAUCGAUACCCACUGAACCAUGCACAUUACUCGCUGCUACUUUUGCUCAGGACCCUGCUACCCAGGGCACGGUACCAUGUUUGUUCGAAACGACGCAAAGACUUUCCGUUUUUGCCGCUCAAAAUGCCACAAGAACUUCAAGAUGAAGCGUAACCCACGCAAGGUCAGAUGGACCAAGGCUUUCCGUAAGGCAGCUGGAAAGGAAAUGACCAUUGAUUCGACGUUCGAAUUCGAGAAGCGCCGUAAUGUACCUGUUCGAUAUGACCGAAAUCUCAUGGCCACAACUGUCAAGGCCAUGAAGCGAGUGCAAGAGAUCCGUGCCAAGCGCGAGCGUGCCUUCUUCAAGAAGAGAAUGGCUGGCAACAAGGACCAAGAAAAGGCAGAGAACAUCAAGAUUUUGCAACAAAACAUCGAGCUUGCUCCUGCUGCUUCUCAAAGAGUCAAGAACCAAAUCGCAAAGGUCGAAGAACAAAAAUUGGAUCGUAUGGAGAUGGACAACUAGAUUACAGUGUUCGCCUCUCUCGCCCUUUUUUUUUUUUAUAUUAGUUCCGUCGACUUAUCUCAACCGACAAUCCGCAGUUUCCUCUCUCCCUUUUUGCACAAUUGUAAUAUUCAUCAAUAAAACUCACAAAUCCGU